AUGUCUGGUCUUAAGCCCCUUACUCUUUGGAUUCACGCCCAAGGCCCUAAUCCCAAGAAAGUUCUCAUUGUCCUCGAGGAGUUGGGUGUUCCCUACGAAUCUAUCACGAUUCAUAAGCCUAAAGAUGCUUCCUUCUUGGCUAUCAACCCUAACGGUCGCCUUCCCGCCAUUCAGGACCCUAACAACAACGACCUCAUUCUGUGGGAAUCGGGUGCCAUAGUCGAGUAUGUUGUCGAGACUUAUGACAAGGAGAACAAAUUGACAUUUGCGAGCAAUCCCGAGAAAUGGUUCCUCAAGCAAUUCCUGCAUUUUCAAAUGUCAGGGCAGGGCCCAUAUUUUGGUCAGGCUUCGUGGUUCCGAGUGUAUCAUCCCGAGGAUGUUCCCAGUGCCAAAAAGCGCUAUGCUGAUGAGACUGUGAGGGUCAUUGACGUCCUUAACACUAUACUGGAAGGCAAGAAGUAUCUUGUUGGCGAGAAGUUUACAUAUGCCGACCUCGUAUUUAUCCCUUGGGAUGAAGUGGUGAGGGUUUAUAUCAAAGAUAUCUGGGAGGGCUAUGAGAUUGAGCAGAAGUAUCCUAACUUCCUAGCCUGGCAUAACCGUCUUAUGGAGCGCCGCUCGGUGAAGAAGGCGUAUGGUGCUUAA